CUGACCUCUUCCUUUCUCUUCCCCUUACACAAGAACAAACUUCCAAUUCCAAUGUCUCAUUCCCCUUUUUCUUCUUCAACAACAAAAUACAAUUAUUUGAUCAACGGCAAUGUCAUGGCUGCGAUCGGCGGUAAGCAAAGCUGUAGAAGUUGGUGGCGCAGGCAACAGAAACCUUCGUUACUAUGCCGAUUCUGUCGUCCAACAAGCCAGUAAUGCUGUCUCCGGUGUUCCCAAGUUAUUCCUUGAUCGCUCCGGGUCUCGGAGUUAUCAGAAUUUUAAGCAAGCGGUGAAAACAUUAGAAGAGCUUUCUGUUUCAUGUAGAGGUAUAGAGAGAGUUCAGUUACUACGAAGAUGGUUAGUUGCUUUGAAAGAGAUUGAGAGACUAUCACUGCCUCUGCCUGUUAGUGAACCUGUCUCUUCCCCUUCUCCAAAGAGCAUUGAUUCUAUUUAUACCACGGAUGAUGGCAAGAAUUCUCCUCGUGAGCCAACUUUGGUUUUAUAUUAUGAUCCUGAUCUUGGUGGAGAACCAUUGAAUUUUAGAGAUGUGUUUCUCAGCAGUCAAGCUCUUGAAGGAAUGAUACUUUCAAUGAUUCUUGAAGCACCUGAUACAGAAGAAGUCUCUUUACUUAUGGAGAUAUUUGGGCUCUGUCUUACGGGCGGGAAAGAAGUUCGUGAAGCAACCAUGAGCAGCAUAAAAGUUUUGGCAAAAGCUUUCUCAAGCUAUAAAGAAGAAGUGCUGGCGAAGAAGGAAGAGCUGCUUCUCCAUGCACAAGGUGCAAUUGCUGGACUGAAAAUAAAUGCAGAUAUAGUGAGAAUAGAUUCUGAAGUCUCAAACAUACAUCAAAAACUAGACAAGAUGAUAUUACAACUGCCAUCAAGCAAAUAUGAAAACGAGUCUUCUAAAGUUGCAACUAAUGCAACAUCAGAGGCAAGUUGGAUUUCGAUUCCCAGUUUUUGUUCUUUACCAAGAAUUGGUUCAUUCAUUGUAAAAUCUGGAUUGAAAGAAGCACUCUCUCAGCUUCAAUUCUUAUCCAAGAUGGAAGCACUUUUAUUACAGAAGAAGGCUUUGCUCGGCAGGGAUGUUCCUGAAAGUCUGUCCAAAAGGGUUUUUAAGUUGAAGGUUUUAUCAGAGUCUCUUUCAAGCUCUGCUUCAAAAACUGAAGUCCGAAUUUCAGAGAACAGAAUCCAAAAGGAAGGAGCUCUUAAGUUCCGUAUAGCAAAAACCGGUGAAAUCUCCCAGCUUGAAAAGGAACUUGAGGAUGAAAUUAAGUCACUUGAGAAUCAGAGAGAUGAACUUGAAGCAGCGCUAAAGAAGGUCAAAGUUGCAUUGGUUUCAGCAAAUGCCCGUCUUCACAAUGCUAGGGAAGAAAGAGAACAGUUCGAUGAAGCUAAUAAUCAAAUUCUUCAACACUUCAAGGUGAAGGAAGAUGAGCUGUCUAAAUCGAUGACAUUAUAUAGGGCAGAAGCAGAUGUUUGCGAUGCAUUUAUUAGUUUCUUAGAAGACUCAUGGACUUUUGAGUCCUCUUACAUCAAACAAAAGCAGAAGCAGGUCAAUGAUGAAUUGGACAAUUGUGAAGAUUAUCUGGUGAACUUGGCAAUCCAUGUCUUAUCAAUGUACAAGGAUGGGCUGGGGCCUUCCAUUUCAAAUCUUAAGGAACUUGCAGAAAACUUGAAACGGUCAGAGAUUAUGAACAAUGAGAAGGCUGAAUCAAUUGAAGAGAAAAGAAGGCUAGAGGAAGAAUACCUGAAUGCAGAGGCUAAGUUAGUUACAGUGUUCAGUGUAGUGGACGGCAUAAAAAGACAAUUUUAUGGGCAAGACGGCGCGAUCUCUAGGAAAGGUGAUCAGAAACUGAAAGAGUUACUAGAUGCUCUUCAAAAGCUAGAAGACGAAUUCGAAUCCAUUAAUAGACCAACACUGGAACUCGAGACCCUAGCAAGGCAGGCUGAGGCCGCAAAAUCAAAAGAGACACUUGAAAGUUCCCCUUCGUCUCCUACGCAGCCAGCAAGCGAUGAUUCGGCGUCCUUUGUAGAUGCGCUUCCACGAAUCCAGACGCCAAGGCCUGACCAUACGUCCAAUCCAGAAACUAUGGUACUAACACCAAGGCGAUGGAUGAGAGAGAAUGUCAGAAGAAGUCUUUCAUUAGCUAUAAAUCAAACAACAGGGUCGCUAGAGUCCAGUUUCAAGUCGCCAAAACUUCGGAAAGGGAAGUCAUUGGAUCCAGCCGCUGAGCUGUCUCGAUUGAAGCUCGAGCUGGAACUUGAGAAUGACAGUAGAAUACACCCUUCUGAGGAGAUCAAUGACUGGGAGUCUGAUGUCGUUGACAAAGAAAGACUACAUUUUAAAUGAACUUCCCAACCACAGAAGAUAGCUUCAAAUAUGUACUGUUUGGCUACCUUCUUGAGCCAAAAGGCCAAAAGAUGGCCAAUUGUGGCAAUUUGAUACAGAAUGUAAUGCUAUAACCUAUAGCGCAUAGCUUCAACUAUGUACUGUUUGGCUACUUUCUUGAGCCAAAAGAUGGCCAAAAUUGUGGCAAUUUGAUACAGAAUGUAUUGCUAUAUCCUAUAGCUUGGUUUUCUCAACAGUGGACUUUGGAGAUAACCUCUUAAGUCACUUUACACUUAGUUUUUAUGGUAUUAGAUGAAUCUUUGUACAUAAAAUACGUUGUUUUUAUAACGUCCGGACUUAAUUCAGGUGUACACAUGGAUUCUCUCUAUGUACUAUCCUUUUCAUAAAUUUACUGGACUAGACUUAAAUGUUGAAACUGUUGAAGCAGUACUUCUUCAAGUAAAAACCACCAAGUGGUAUGGUGGAAUGGUUGAGAUCUCCCAUCUUUAACCAGAAAU